AUGGACCUGAUCUACGAAAAUUCCAGAUACAUAAAUUCGACCAGAACUGCUUCAGGCAUCUGUGUUCUGGGGAUGCGUCUAUCUCAUGCUAAACAUUCCAGCAUAUCAGUGUCUGAUCAGUCCCACAAUGACACAGAUUAUAAAGGACAGUUUGAGGAACUCCGCGUCCAAUAUGAGGAAACACUUGGAAAGUUGAACAGAUUAAAUCAGAGCACAGGCUGUGCACUUUGUGCUGUCCACUGGAUUCAUUCUGGAGGAAAGUGUUACUACUUUUCUACAGUCAAGAUGAACUGGACGCAGAGUCGAGAUUAUUGUGUGACUCUAGGAGGACAUCUAGUUAUAAUAAACAGCAAAGAAGUGCAGGAUUUUCUUGUGUCUGAAGUUAAAGAGACUCACUGGAUUGGUCUUAAUGAUCUGGAAACUGAGGGACACUGGGUCUGGGUGAAUAACCAGCCACUCAGUGAUUCAACAGAGUUCUGGUACAGGCAUUCUUCUGGGUCAAAUGAACCGGAUAACUGGAGCGAAAUUAAUCCUUUAGGAGAGAACUGUGCUUGUUUGGGAGAUUACAUUUUAGACUCUUGGCUUGAUGCCUCUUGCGAAUACAAGAAAAAGUACAUCUGUGAACAGAAAUAUUCAUUUUAAUGUUCAACUAAAAGAGGAUCACUGUUAUUACACACAGUUAUAAAAGUUAUCAGCUGUCUGAUUAAAGUUGUUUUCAUAUGAUCUUUCAAUGAGAAUUUUCUCUAGAUAAAAUUACUGGGUCACACCCCUUGUUAGCCCUUGACUGUGUAUUGUUUUGUGUGUAUUGAGAGAGAGAUCGUUAGCGGACAUGUCCGUCAUGUGUGUUUGUGUUUUCUUUUAAGUUUACCAUUAAACUAUGAUUUAUAUCGUCAAGCCAGUUCUCGCCUCCUCCUUUCCCAUCCUUUAACUGGCUUUACAGUAAUAUUUCAUGUUAUUAU